CAGCCACCGCGCUCACGUGACUCGAGUGUUUGUUCCCGUGACCGGCUCGCAGCUCGCGCACUCCGCCGAGCUGGAGGCAGAUGGAGGUGGUGGAGCGGAGUGCGGACACCUCUGCCAGGCACGAGGAACAGGAGGAGGACGGCGCACAGGUGCCUGCAGGAGGCCGGUCAGCCGGAGGAGAAGCCAGCGCUCUACACUCUUCAGCUUUCGUGGAUCAGAACAUCCAGUAUCAGUUUCGCCCCGACAGCAGCGCUCCACAGGUGCUGAAAGUGUCCCUCUGUUUCCCUCAGCUGACGUACCGAGUCGUCCAGGUGACCGAUCAGCCCCUGGUGGGCGGAGAGGCAGGGGGUGGGGCAGGGGGCGUGGUCUCUACUGCAGCUUUCAGUGGAGCCCAGCAGGCUGUGAUUCAGAGCCCGUUUAGUAAUGAAGGUGGUCCUGCAGCAGAGGCGAUGGGGGGUGAACCUCGCUUUGCUUAUCUCCCUGCUGCUGUAAGUGAUGCGGCCGCCACGGGUGUGUCCCUGCAGCCCUGUGACCCUGCACUCUCACACACAGGAGGCCAGUAUUACGUGAUGAUGACCACCCCUGAUGUUCUCCAGCCAGGCGCUCCACGCUCCAUAGCUCCACGCGCUCAUCCGUACGCAGUAAAGAUGGAGGGCCCGCGGACCCCAAGAGAUGAAAGGAGGAGGGCGCAGCACAACGAAGUGGAGAGGAGACGACGAGACAAAAUCAACAACUGGAUCGUGACUCUGUCUAAAAUCAUCCCUGACUGCAACGUGGACAGCACUAAGACUGGAGCGAGUAAAGGAGGAAUCCUGUCCAAGGCAUGUGAUUACAUCCAGGAGCUGCGGCAGCAUAACCACAGGCUUCAGGAGAGCCUGAAAGAGGUGAAGAGAGUCCAGAUGGACAACGAGAUUCUUCGACAGCAGGUGGACGAGCUGAAGAGCGAGAAUGCUUUACUGCGGGCGCAGCUGCAGCAGGGCGGAGGUGGUGAGCCACUGCACUGAGCUGAACAGUAGCGUCUCACAACAGGACAUGUCCCCCCCACCUCAACCGGAGGACAAGGAAGCCUACGGCCACACAAAACCAACAGGUGUUGUUUUUCCAGUGUGCUGUUUCUCAGGCUUCUCCUGUGGACUGGACCAGAAACCCUGGUAUAAUGGCUGGCCGUGGAACACCGCUGCAGGGCACAGGCAGCCGAUUGGACGGGAGCUGAAAGACCGAGCCAUCUCCACUACAGCGGUCUACAGACCCCGGAAACCAUUUUUCACUGUUUACUCAGCUUGGACUGUGAUAACGGGACGUAAUGUUCCAUGCACUUUUUAUUCGUUUUUAGUUGUUUUUCCUUCCUUCACUACUGGCGCUAAUCUACAAGCGUUUGUAUCAUGUUUAGCUUGUUUUUCCUCAUUUCCAUUUUUUUUUCUAUCUGUGCUUCUGUUUAGCAUCGGUUGUUUAUUUAAUGCAUCGUUUCAUAUGCAAUGCCCCCCUUAAGAAAACCCAGCUGGGGCGAGACUGAGGAAGUCAGGAGAUAACAGAAGCGGAAGAAAAAAAGCGCUGAAUGAAAUCUCAUUAGUGUUUAGAACUAAAUUUAGCGUUAAACACAGCUAAAACGCCCCCAUGUAUCCAUCUGGAAAGGUGCUGUGAUGAUAGAAAAUGAGCUCUACGUGUGAUUAUUAGUGCCUUAUCGCAGCUCACCUUCAGAGGACACCUAUGACUCCCGCAAAGCAAGACGAUAAAACUCCUGCUCUCAGCUUAAUGGGCUAAAGAGGCUGAUUUGUCUCUGAAAGCUCCACACCUUGAAAAAGCACUCCACAAGAAUAAACUGCACACUGAUGACUUCUGACUUCUGACUAAUGUACAAGAACAAAAUUGAAAAGGAAUAAAUAAUUCAGUGAAAUGUC